CCACGUCACUAGCAGCUCCCCACCAUGCACGACAGACGACAGAUAUACCAGAACCCAGCCCACUUGAUCCUCGCUGUGCCGCCUUAAACUGGACUUACCGCGCGUAAUGCUAUUAUACAUUGAAUACCCGGCAAAGCUUGCCUCACGUGCAAUUGGGUACAUAUGUACCUAGGUACCUCGGAUCUCCGUCCGCCAAAGCAGGCUGGAAUAGAGACACCAAGCCCCGUCGGCAAUAUGGAACUACAUGGAAUGACACUGGAACAAGCCGCGUUAUCCCCACACAAAGGAUGAGAUGGCGUCUUCAUGUGGACCCUAGUAUGUCUGGAAGCGUGUAGUUGCGCCCAUCGUCCGGCUUCCAGGGAAGCAGUACUAAAGAACGGCCAUAUAACCUCUCUUGACAUGACUGACGAAGCAAAUUAACUCAUAAUUCUCAUCCCAUACACAUAGAUUCAUUAUUACAAACUUCGAGUCCUCGUCAUCCACCAUGUCUCCAGCAGCCGUAACCUCGACCCCUCCUCCCGCUACAACACCCCACACGAACGGAAAAUCGUCUACCAAACCUGUCAUAACACCUUCGUCGACAGUUACCUCGCAAAUUCCCGCUUGGGUUAAACCCGACCUUUCCCGUCUCCUCCACGUAGAACGCAACCCAGGUGCUUUUACCUCACGCUCAGUUUCUCUUGUCAACCUCCCCCCAGGCGCAGUCUUUGCCCGCAUCACAAAUCCCACACCAGCCACCGUAGCGUACUCCUCUGUCCAAGCUUCGCGCGACCUCCACAUUGAGCUCAACUGCGACCUCGUCUACAUAAACCACAGCUGCAAGCCCAGCCUAGUGUUCGACAUGCAGCGCUGGGAAGUAAGGGUUUCGGAGGAUGGAGAAGGGCUGAAGGAGGGCGAUGAGCUCACAUUUUUCUAUCCGAGUACGGAGUGGAGUAUGGCUCAGCCCUUUAACUGCUUGUGUAAGACGGGGGAGUGUGCGGGAGAAAUUAAGGGGGCGAAGGAUAUGAGUAGGGAGGUGUUGGGAAGGUAUUGGUUGAACAAGCAUAUUGAGGAGAUGCUUGCCGAGAGGGAUGGGCAGUAGAAGUCUUGUUGAUGUAUGUCUCAAGAGAUGUGGAUGUAAGAUCUGGACGCUUAAGUGUCGACUAGAAUACAAUGUCAAAACACCUUACAUUAUACGAAGAGAUGAAAGUUAGCAUUAGCUUCCAUCUCAAUGUUCCUGGUGUACUAUAG